AUGGCCGACGACGGUGGCGCGACUCCCGUUGGCCCGCCUCGCCCAUCGCGCGAUGCGACCGGCGCAGCUAGAAGCUCCUGGCCUCCUCGCAGCGGUCAGCAAGCGCGAACUUUGGCCCAUCCUAACACGGCUCUGAUCCCCCGUACACCUGGCAGUAUCGCACGGCCGUUCCUUGCGACCACCCCGAGCGCUAACCUGCCCAUGCCGAUUAUCGAUGGGGAUAUCGAUCCGGCGCUAAUGCCUGAGACACCCGCAAUCACGACCGGUACGCAGACCGCUACCAGCAGCACCAGGAAGAAGACUCGCGGCGGUUCUCUCGUCAAAGGUCCCGCAAAGAAGAGCGGCAAGCCGGUCAAUGAGAUUUACCCCGACGCGUUCCUACCAAUUACCCGCGAAAGCUUCAAGAAGAUCAGCGAUGUCGAGGUACAGAUGUAUUACGCGUUUGUACCCGACCCAAACCCACCGUCUGAGGCACAGUCGACAGCGAUAAAAAACAACAUCGACUACAAGGUCCGGCAGGUGUUUUUCGUCUACUGCAACAGAAAGCUCCUUGCUUCGGUCGUCACGGAAUGCUUGCCCCAUCUCGACAACCGUACAAAAACAUUUUCCGAGUGCCUGGCAUACGCACAGAGUCGAUUCUCAACGCUCAAGCAUCGGCUGCUAUAUGAGAAUAUGUACAGCCUUGCGAGAGUUUGGCUGGCGGACUUUGGCAAGACUGAGUUCCGUUGCGAUCCUCGCGACUGGGUCGCCAGCUGGCAAAACGGCGAUGGAUUCGAGGGAAUCUCGGCAGACGACAAGGAGCGUACCAAGAAGUGGAUCUAUGGCCGGGUCGACAAAACUCUUUUCACCAACGUCUUUAGGUCCAUCGCACCCAUCCUCGACUGGAAGAGCUUCGAGAACCGGAAGAAGAAGCCCUUCUAUUACUUGAAGGUCUUGUUUGGGACGAUGAUUACCGAGCUUGCUUUUGUCCGCAACCUGGCAGACAAGGUUCUCGAGUCCCUCUCGGCUUUCGACAACUUUGCAAAGAUCGAGAUGGACCACUUUACCUGGAAGCCUAUGGUCAAUAACACGAACAUCGAGCCCCAACAACAGGACAUAGAGCAGCCGGUAGCCCAGCUACUACAUGAGCAUGUCAUCACUAACUCGCCGCCCCCUGAGUCUGAGGAGUCCGACGAUGAUCCAUCCGAUUCCCGGAGGCGCAAGACGAGACAGCCCCCACCUCGACAUAACAUUCAGCGGCCGGCUCUAGUGUCUACGAGGGGUUGUAUGCUUGAGCAACCCGUGACUCCUACAGCUCAGGCCGGACAAGCCCGGACUGCUCAGACAGCUAGCCUACCGUAUACAAAUCCUCGGCGUAGGGCCGUCAACAAUACGCCGCUUCCCAUAACCCUUAGCAGUGAUUCCAGCAAUGCACCAUCACUUUUUGUUAGUGAUAACGUCGACCGAAGCUCGUCCCUUAAACACAUGCCGGCUCGAUCAGCUUUACACCAGAGCUCGCAGGAGCAGGAGCAGGACGUCCAGCCGCUCUUUAGUGUACGCGGACUCAUUUACCCGCCGCCCUCUCGCCCUACUAGUCCGGCACAUAUCUCCAGACCUCUCGGGGCUACCGAGCGGCUCAACUCGCCGCCGCCAUUAGACUACUCCAUGUCUCGUGGCCCUUCUUUUGGUGGUUUGAACAGCGAUGGCUCCCAGGACCCCACUUCCCACCCUCCCAUCAUUCAGCUAGCUGUUGACACACCUCUGAGCGUCCAACAACCUAAGAGCACUGGCAACCACCCUCCCGCCGAACUACCCACACCCACCAUUCAGCCUACCGGCACUAGGCCUCCGGGUUUUACCGCACCUCCCAGGUGCGUUGCCAGCAUAGCACCCCCUACUAUUCCGCCUAGCAGCUUGCCUGGUGCUAGCACCGACAGGGCGCCAUCUUUCGCUGGCAUUCGGCCUCCCUCUUCCCUAGCUGCUAGAACCUCGACGCAGCAGCCGCAGCGGCAGCUGGCACGCAUGUCGACACGUUCACAGAGCCGCCAAGGGCAGCGCACCAAAGAGAAUGACUCGGUAACUCCUACCGAGUCCGCUAGCCGUGGUUAG